AUGGAUGUGGAAUGUUUGGAUGGUGGUCGAAAAGGGUGUAUCGCUCGGAUUAACACGGACUAUUGUGCUGGGGGAGGGUAUGACCACCCGUUGGAGGAGAUUGAGCCGUUGAGGGGAGUGGGCGAUAUUUGCGGCGGCGGCGGGGGCGCUGGAAAGACAAAGCCGGAUGGACAGCCGCCGGUUCCAGUACUUAAGGUGAAGCGGUUAGUGAACCCUUACCCGGUGAGGCAUCAUGAGGCGGAAGUGCGAUGUCUGUUAGAUAUGCCUCGUGGUAUUUUGUGUAACCCGGCGUGUGCUCGUGCGUGUGUUGGAACAUGUGUGAAAUCGUGUGCAUCAGAUCUGUGUGAUGCCGCCGUCCGGCAGACGGCUAAUUGCAUGGCCAAUGUCUGUCAUGCAUUACAACCAUCUCUCGAACCGCCACCCGAACCCGUGCCCGUUCAUCCGUUACUGAAUUUACUACGUGGAAACAAACCCCCUAUCAUCGAAAACCCUCGGAAAAAACACGUCUCUCUCAGCCCUGCUGGGGGCCUAGCAGGACUCCUAGACGAACUCACGGAAGCCGGAACCAGUCUCGCUGGUCGCUUCAUCGACUACUGCGGUACCUGGGCACCGGCCAAAAAUAUUCCCAAACACAGUCGACGGCCCAUCCAAUAUGUACGACCACCAAUUCCUAACCCCCUCGCUCAAAUGCCACCACCGACUUAUCUUACCGGGAACAGACUCGUGGACAAGAUCAACCGCUUCCUUGAUCAAGUACUCGUCGACCCGGAAACCCUCGGUGGUAGCCGCUCGUCAACCCCCGGGCAGAACCAAGACCCGGUGACAGUCCGGCGGGAUGAGACGGUGGAGUAUGUCAAGGAUGGCCCGCAGGGAUCGAACGCUCCCACCGGCACAACUGGGAUCGGUCCUAUCGACUCGAUCAACCGGCUGCUGGACGACUACUUGGUCCCUCCACCGUCUCCGCCGGGCGUCUCUCAAGUGGAGUCAACACAGUCCGGAGCGACUUCUUCCGGAGCCACUCCUUCCGGAGCCACUCCUUCCGGAGCCACUCCUUCCGAAGCCACUCCUUCCGGAGCGUCUACUCAGGUGGCAGGUCACUUGCGUGUGGAUAACAGUUAUGGUCAGAAGUUGAAGUGCAUGUUACAUUGUAGGGCACGAGAGCGUUGUCAAUAUGGCGUAAGGAAUUGCGCGGGUCAGGCGUGGCGUGAGGUGUUUUACAGCCCGAAGACGGGGGAGUUACAAACCAAUUGCAACAAUCCGGAACACCAGUUGUAUUGGGGUGGUCAGAAGACGGUUUGGGAAUCGUUAUUUAAUGGGACGACUGAUGCGGACAUUGACUAUCGUGAACAAUUUCUAGAACGUUUCUGGCCUGAGUUUUAUAACCGUCAGAUGUUUUAUUGCCCUCAUUGCAAUCGCAAUCGCUUCACUGGAAAGCAACGAGUUCAUUGGCAAGAAAAACUCCGCGAGAUGGUCCAAUGCGAUGCACAUCAAAUGGUCUGGGACGGACCUCAAGACCUUGUUGACUUCGACCUCGAACAAUUCCUACCAAUCGCCACACGUGUUAACGGACAAGACGAAUAUGAUCCCCAAGGCUGCCACCACGGGUGCAUCCCCCUUAUGGACGCCGACAACUGCUACGACCAAGACGGCCCGGAUUACAACCUCCCGGAUUACAGCCGCCCGGACUUCAACCUCCCGGAUUACAACCUCCCGGAUUACAACCUCCCGGAUUACAACCUCCCGGACUACAGCCGCCCGGAUUACAACCGCCCGUAA